UGCGCGCCCGCGCAGCCAUUGGUCUGGCUACUCGGCCCCUUUUUCAAAUUGAGGCGCCGAGGCGUUUCUCGGUUUCUGGGACUUUGGGCGGAGACGAGAUUGGUGAUUUGGUGGCACUGGCUGGUGCGGGACCAACGCCACGGCCAGAGUACCGGGUGGAGAGCGGGGACGCCGAGGUGCGCGCGUCAAUCCUCCAGGCCACGCCGGUGCCCAGCACGGGCCAGGGAGACUCAGGCUCCCGUCUGCCGCCAAGCCCCUAAGCGCCCCACGGCGCCCAAGGCUGCGGCCAGGCGUUGAUUUUUUGGCAGGGACCCGUCAUGGCGUCGCAGCCAAAUUCGUCUGCGAAGAAGAAAGAGGAGAAGGGGAAGAACAUCCAGGUGGUGGUGAGAUGCAGACCGUUUAAUUUGUCAGAGCGGAAAGCUAGUGCCCAUUCAAUAGUAGAAUGUGAUCCUGUACGAAAAGAAGUUAGUGUACGAACUGGAGGAUUGGCUGACAAGAGCUCGAGGAAAACAUAUACUUUUGAUAUGGUAUUUGGAACAUCUACUAAACAGAUUGAUGUUUACCGAAGUGUUGUUUGUCCAAUUCUGGAUGAAGUUAUUAUGGGCUAUAAUUGUACUAUCUUUGCGUAUGGCCAAACUGGCACUGGAAAAACCUUUACAAUGGAAGGUGAAAGGUCACCUAAUGAAGAGUAUACCUGGGAAGAGGAUCCCUUGGCUGGUAUAAUUCCACGUACCCUUCAUCAAAUUUUUGAGAAACUUACUGAUAAUGGUACUGAGUUUUCAGUCAAAGUGUCUCUGUUGGAGAUCUAUAAUGAAGAACUUUUUGAUCUUCUUAAUCCAUCUUCUGAUGUUUCUGAGAGACUACAGAUGUUUGAUGAUCCCCGUAACAAGAGAGGAGUGAUAAUUAAAGGUUUAGAAGAAAUUACGGUACACAACAAGGAUGAAGUCUAUCAAAUUUUAGAAAAGGGGGCAGCAAAAAGGACAACUGCAGCUACUUUGAUGAAUGCAUACUCUAGUCGUUCCCACUCAGUUUUCUCUGUUACAAUACAUAUGAAAGAAACCACAAUUGAUGGAGAAGAGCUUGUUAAAAUUGGAAAGUUGAACUUGGUUGAUCUUGCAGGAAGUGAAAACAUUGGGCGUUCUGGAGCUGUUGAUAAGAGAGCUCGGGAAGCUGGAAAUAUAAAUCAAUCCUUGUUGACUUUGGGAAGGGUUAUUACUGCUCUUGUAGAAAGAACACCUCAUGUUCCUUAUCGAGAAUCUAAACUAACUAGAAUUCUCCAGGAUUCUCUUGGAGGGCGUACAAGAACUUCUAUAAUUGCAACAAUUUCUCCUGCAUCUCUCAAUCUUGAGGAAACUCUGAGUACAUUGGAGUAUGCUCAUAGAGCAAAGAACAUAUUAAAUAAGCCUGAAGUGAAUCAGAAACUCACCAAAAAAGCUCUCAUUAAGGAGUAUACGGAGGAGAUAGAGCGUUUAAAACGAGAUCUUGCUGCAACCCGCGAGAAAAAUGGAGUGUACAUUUCUGAAGAAAAUUUUAGAGUCAUGAGUGGAAAAUUAACUGUUCAAGAAGAGCAGAUUGUAGAACUGAUUGAAAAAAUUGGUGCUGUUGAGGAGGAGCUAAGUAGGGUUACAGAGUUGUUUAUGGAUAAUAAAAAUGAACUUGACCAGUGUAAAUCUGACCUGCAAAAUAAAACACAGGAACUUGAAACCACUCACAAACAUUUGCAAGAAACUAAAUUACAACUUCUUAAAGAAGAAUACAUCACAUCAGCUUUGGAAAGUACUGAGGAGAAACUUCAUGAUGCUGCCAGCAAGCUGCUUAACACAGUUGAAGAAACUACAAAAGAUGUAUCUGGUCUCCAUUCCAAACUGGAUCGUAAGAAGGCGGUUGACCAACACAAUGCAGAAGCUCAGGAUAUUUUUGGCAAAAACCUAAAUAGUCUGUUUAAUAAUAUGGAAGAAUUAAUUAAAGAUGGCAGCUUAAAACAAAAGGCCAUGCUAGAAGUACAUAAGACCUUAUUUGGUAAUCUGCUGUCUUCCAGUAUCUCUGCAUUAGAUAGCAUUACUACAGUAGCACUUGGAUCUCUCACAUCUAUUCCAGAAAAUGUGUCUACUCAUAUUUCUCAGAUUUUUAAUAUGAUACUAAAAGAACAAUCAUUAGCAGCACAAAGUAAAACUGUACUACAGGAAUUGAUUAAUGUACUCAAGAUUGAUCUUCUGAGUUCACUGGAAACGAUUUUAUCCCCCACUGUGGUGUCUAUAUUGAAAAUCAAUAGUCAACUAAAGCAUAUUUUCAAGACUUCAUUGACAGUGGCUGAUAAGAUAGAAGAUCAAAAAAAGGAACUAGAUGGCUUUCUUGGUGUAUUGCGUAACAAUCUACACGAACUACAAGAAAAUACCAUUUCUUCCUUGGUUGAAUCACAAAAGCUAUGUGGAAACCUAAGUGAAGACCUGAAUACAAUAAAGCAAACCCAUUCACAGGUAUGUUGGAAAUCUGAGGAUAUAGUCAACAAAAUGACUUUUCACAGUCAAAAAUUUUGUGCUGAUUCUGAUGGCUUGUCACAGGAACUCAGAAAUUUUAACCAAGAAAGUACAAAAUUGGUUGAAGAGUCUGUGAAAUACUCUGAUAAACUCAAAGGCAACCUGGAAAAAAUAUCUCAGGAGACUGAACAGAGAUGUGAGUCUCUGAACUCAAGAACAUUUUGUUUUUCUGAACAGUGGGUAUCUUCCUUAAAUGAAAGGGAACAGGAACUUCAGAACUUAUUGGAGGUAAUAACUUUAAUGUCCAUUAAAGGCACUACACCACAGAGGAAAAAUUAUUUAUACCCAUCAAUACUGGUGAGAACUGAACCACGUGAACAUCUCCUUGAUCAGUUGAAAAGGAAACAGCCUGAUCUGUUAAUGAUGCUAAACUGUUCAGAAAACAGCAAAGAAGAAAAAAAUCAGGAUGUGGAUAUAGAAAAGGCAGCUCUGGGGCAGUAUACUGAAGAACCUCUAAGUCAGGAGCCAUCUGUAGAUGCUGGUGUGGAUUGUUCAUCAAUCGGCGGGGUUCCAUUUUUCCAGCAUAAAAAAUCACAUGGAAAAGACAAAGAAAACAGAGGCAUUAACACACUGGAGAGGUCUAAAGUGGAAGAAACUACAGAGCACGUGGUUACAAAGAGCAGAUUACCUCUGCGAGCCCAGAUCAACCUUUAAUUCACUUGGGGGCUGGCAAUUUUAUUUUUAAAGAAAACUUAAAAAUAAAGCCUGAAACCCUAGAACUUGAGCCUUGUGUGUAGAUGUUAAAAGAAUAUAUAUAUAUAUAUCAGCUGGGCGCGGUGGCUCACGCCUGUAAUCCCAGUACUUUGGGAGGCUGAGGUGGGUGGAUUGCUUGAGCCUAGGAGUUUGAGACUGGCCUGGCCAACAUGGCAAAACCUCGUCUCUACUAAAAUACAAAAAUUGGCCGGGCGUGGUGGCGCACUCCUGUAAUCCCAGCUACUGGGGAGGCUGAGGCACAAGAAUCACUUGAACCCAGGAAGCAGAAGUUGCAGUGGGACAAGAUCGCACCACUGCACUCCAGCCUGGGCAACAGAGCAAGACUUUGUCUCAAAAACAAAAUUUAAAAAAGAUAUAAGGCAGAACUGUAAAUUUAGCUGAAUUUUGAUAUCUACCCAUUUUCUGUUAUCCCUAUAGUUCACUUUGUAUUAAGUUGGGUUUCAUUUGGGAUUUGCAAUGUAAAUAUAUAUUUCUAGCUUUUCAUAUAAAGUUCUUUCAUAACAAAUGAAAAGUAUUUUUCUUGUAUAUUAUUAAGUAGUGAAUAUAUAAGAACUGUACUGUUCUUCUAGGCUUGAGUUUACAUAGGUGAAUAUCACCAACACCUGGCCUUAGAGAAGGACCACAUCAUUUUUUUUUUUUUUUGCUAUGACUUACGUAUUUUCUUGCCUCCUUCCUAGACGUUCCUAUUUCGCUUUCUUGUUGGCUCACUUUUUCCCUUUUUAUUUUUCACCAAACCAUUUGUAGAGCUACAGAAGGUAUCCUUUCUUAUUUUUGGUAGCCAGAAUUUUACCUAGGAAUCUUUUAACAGUUUUUUAGUGGUUAUUUUUUAAAUCACUGUCAACAAUAAAUCUAACCCUAGAAGUAUCCCUUCUUUCAGUACUUUUUAUUUGUCUCCCUGAGAUGUGAAAGGGUUUCAUUCCUUUAAGAGGCCUAACAGAUUUGCCCUGACAGAGUUCACAAAACCCACUUCUCUAGAAUGUAAAUUGCUAUUAUGGGAGACUACCCAGAGAUCCGACUAAUGGCCCUGUGCCCACACUCUAAGACGUGUCUUUUGGAGAAGAUCACAAUGAUUUAAGGACUUUUUGAAACUUCCAAUUAUGUCUAAAAAUUAUAUUCUUUUGUUUACAUGAUGAAACUUUUUGUCGUUCCUUGCUUGUAUAUAAUAAAAUAUGUAUGUGUAUCUUUUUCUCAAUUUAAAUCUUAACCCUUAGAAGGGCCCUACUAUUUCUGAUCUGGCAGUCAUAUUUCUGGAAGUUGAGAUUGUUUCAGCUUGAAGAACCAGAGCACUUGGAAUAUGUACAAAGAAUAAAUUUUGUGCCCACAACGUGUUUAGUGUGUAAAUUUUAGAGACAUUUGACUUUGAUAGCUAAAUUAAACCAAACUCUAUUGAAGAAUUAGAAAAUAUGCUACAAGGAAUUAAAUUGACCUUGUAGAAUUAAUUAUCUUAAUAAAAAUAAUGGCUAUAAUUUCUCUGCAAAAUCAGAUGUCAGCAUAAGCUAUAGUUAAUAAAUUGCCCUCAGUAAAUCCAUGGUUAAUAAAUGUGGUUUCUGCAUUAA